UUCUGCCUCCGCUGCGGCGAUGGCGCCAGUGAAAAAGCUUGUGGUGAAGGGGGGCAAAAAAAGGAAGCAGGUCCUGAAGUUUACUCUUGACUGUACCCAUCCUGUAGAAGAUGGAAUCAUGGAUGCGGCCAAUUUUGAGCAGUUUCUUCAGGAAAGAAUCAAAGUGAAUGGAAAAGCUGGGAAUCUCGGAGGAGGUGUUGUAACAAUCGAAAGAAGCAAAAGCAAGAUCACUGUAACUUCCGAGGUGCCUUUUUCCAAAAGGUAUUUGAAAUAUCUCACCAAAAAAUAUUUGAAGAAGAAUAAUCUCCGUGAUUGGUUACGCGUAGUUGCUAACAGCAAAGAAAGUUACGAAUUACGUUACUUCCAGAUUAAUCAAGAUGAAGAAGAGGAGGAAGAUGAGGAUCGAAACUCAGUUAUCUGGAGUAUUUUGUAUGAAUUCUUAAAUAAAAUUUAGGAAACAAAACAAAAAAAAAAAA